UGCAUGGUCGCACAUCGAAAUUAGUUGCCGAACUGCUUGCCAAAUAUUUCACAUCUCAUCAGAAGUGCGCGUACAAUCGAAGGCGAAAAAAUAUGACUCUGUUCGACUUUCAUUGUUCCUUACUUCGUGUUUUUGUUGCGUGACGCGUUAAUCGAAAUUAAUAAACUGUCACCAUGCUUGUGAUUAGCAACAGGACGAUGCUGCUUUUUGCACUCUCGGUUGUCACAACAUGGAUUACUAUGAUGUUCAGGGCAAUUUCGGACCACCGAAACGAAGGCUGGGCGAUUGAGGUUCAAAUGCCGGAUAACACUCGGUAUUACGGAUUGGCGAAGUCGACGACGCCAACCCGAUUUCCUCGAAUUUCAAAAUGGUUCAAGCAUGUGAACACUUACUAUCACAGUAAAACCAAGGACGUCACUUCCUUCCUGAUAAAUGCAACUUCUGAGCUGAAAUCCAGAGUGGAGCCGCCAAUGUGCAAAGUAUUAAGCAACGAAUAUUGCCGCAAGUACUCCUCGAAACACACCAUGUGCCGGUUUCCAGAACCAGGAGCAGUACCAGCUUUCCUAGGUGAAAGGGGACAGUGUAAAGCUAGGUUAUACGCUGGGAUGGAUCCGGGUUUGACCAAACUCAUUGUUCACUGGCACAAUGUCAUGAGAAACAUGGUGGCAUCUGGGGCAGAAUCACGAGGAAACCCAGGUCCACAACCACCAGCAGCAGAUAUGAUGCGAUUGGAAUGGAAUAACGAAUUAGCGUUAAUUGCGCAACGGUGGGCUGAAAAUUGCUACAACUCAUCAGAACCGCAUGAUCGAGACAGACGUCUUCUUUCUCAUGACUGGUCAAAAGUGAGCCAAAAUGUGUUUUGGAGCUUCAACGAAUCACUGGACGCAUUCGGAGAUGACUCCAAACUUUGGCAAAGAGUCAUUCAGGUCUGGAUGGACGAAGUUGAAGACUUCAGUAACAUUCAAGUCGGAAACUUCCAACGCAAUCCAGGAACAGGACAUUAUACGACUGUCGUGUGGAGCCAAACCACCGCAGUUGGUUGUGGUCAAGGCAUUUUCAUAUGUACUAAUCCCAGAACUAACAAAUACGGCUACUGCUUCAAAUUCGUGUGCAAUUACGGACCCGGGAGUGUAGAACAAGAUGUUGUCGUUCUUGAUGAUGCGAACUUUGACUUCCGCACAAAAGAAAUGGAUACAGUUCUCGUCAUGUUCUAUGCGCCAUGGUGCGGUCACUGCAAGAGCUUGAAACCUGAGUAUGAGAAGGCUGCUGAAACUUUGAAAGCUGAUGAGCCAGCUAUUCAUUUAGCGAAGGUCGACUGUACGGAAGCAGGGAAGGACACUUGUUCACGCUUCGGAGUAAGUGGCUAUCCAACUCUCAAGAUUUUCCGCGGGGGAGAAUUUUCACAGGAAUACAAUGGACCUAGAGAGCACAUGGGCAUCGUGAAAUAUAUGCGUGCUCAAGUCGGCCCCGCCGCCAAGCCCAUUGAAUCAAUUGAAGCGCUGACAAAGUAUUUGAACAAUGACGAUGGCUGCAUUAUCGGCUAUUUCGAUUCUGAUUCUUCGCUCAAGUCAGCGUUCGAAAAGACAGCAGAUAAGCUUCGAGAAACAUUUCGAUUUGGCCUGGUAACCAAGGAGGAUGUCAUCAAGUCGAAAGGCGUUGCCAGUGGAUCCAUCGUUCUUCAUCGUCCAAAGCGACUAGUGAACAAAUUUGAAUCAGCGGACGUCGUUUAUUCUGGUGAAGCCGACAAGUCAAAGAUUGAAUCUUGGAUUCAAGACGAGUACCAUGGAUUGGUGGGCCACCGCACGCAAGACAACUCGAACCAGUUCACGAAGCCUCUCGUCGUUGCUUACUACAGUGUUGACUAUGUAAAGAACCCUAAGGGCACCAACUAUUGGCGUAAUCGGGUAUUGUCUGUUGCUAAAGACUUCGAGUCAAUCAAUUUUGGUGUGGCUUCGACUGAUGACUUCCAACACGAGUUGAAUGAAUUCGGCAUUGAGUUUGCGAAAGGAGACAAACCCAUCAUUGCUGGCUGGAAUGAGAAGUCUGAAAAGUUCGUCAUGGAUGGUGAAUUCAGCAUCGAAAAGUUGAGGGAAUGGGCUCAUAAGCUUGUGGAUGGCGUUCUGGAGCCCUACAUGAAAUCCGAACCCGUUCCUGAGGACAACACCAAGCCCCUGAAAGUAGCCGUAGGGAAAAACUUCCAGGAAGUCGUUAUUGACAAUGGAUUGGAUACAUUGAUCGAGUUCUACGCUCCAUGGUGCGGCCAUUGCAAGAAACUCACUCCAAUUUAUGAGGAACUUGCGGAAAAGUUGAAGGACGAGAAGGUGGCAAUCGUGAAGAUGGAUGCUACUGCCAAUGAUGUCCCCGCCCCCUUUGAUGUUCACGGUUUCCCAACUAUUUAUUGGGCCCCGAAGAACGCCAAGGACAAGCCUGUCAAGUAUCAGGGAGGACGGGAACUGAGCGACUUCAUUGAAUACAUUGCUCAGCACUCGACUGACGGAUUGUCCAAAUCAAAGGACGAAUUGUAGGCCAGAAGGAAUACCGUUGUACCUGUUCUUUCACGCAUUCCUCUGAUGGACUGUCCAAAUCAACGGACAAGCUUUAGGCCAUCGGGAAUGAGGCUGUACCUGUUGAUAUGUUGCAAUUCUUUCGCGGUUGUUUUAUGAAUUAAGUUUUCUUGCGCAAGGAUGUCUUGCCGACGUGUCUUGGCAUUACUCUCAAGUUUUCAAGUUUUCUUUUCCUUGAAGGGCUUGUUUACGUUGAGAAAAUUGUUACAUUGGCUUGUGAUGCUCAUUGAUUCAUGAUUCUAAAUCGGAAAGGUUCUCGUGUGUUGAAAGAAUACUCCUGAUUUCUAUGAGUUUUGUGGAUUUCAGAACGCUAUACUGCUGGCUCCUUCCGUGCUGAUGCCGUGAAAUUUAUAUGAAAGUCCAGGAUUUCUUUUUCUCAGAGCGCAUACCCAAUUGAGAAUGUUUGAAGAUGUAGGUGAUGUUUAAUUUUUCCCCUUUCCAUUUCCAAACACCUCUUGGCUGGGACAAAACUUCGAAGAGAUUGCGACGGAGGUUCUCUUCAUAAAUCUUUUGUUUUUUGGGCGAUUAGGUUGCACGUUGGGGAUCCCAUUGUCCAAGCACAACUGUGAUCUGAUUUUUUUCAUGAAAUGCUAUCCACUUCUGAAUUUUUUUUGUUUUGUUGAACAAGAAAGGCAUCAUCGCGAACUCAAUCCUUCGGUGAUUUUUUCCAAUUACUGUAUUUCUUCAACGUGAUUGUAUCACGCAGUUCCUGAAUUUUCAUGUCGGGAUGCACAGUCUAUGAUUCAUUUUUUCCGCUGAAAUAUUAUAUGAACUGUUCGUUGAGUUUUCAGUGAUUCAUUUGAUGGUUUAUUUCAGUGUGCGCUUGAUCAAGAUUAGUUUAUCUUUACAUUUGCGGUUCAGAUGGUUAAUCGGUGAUUAUCUGGUUUAGUUUUACGCAAUGGAUGAGCAGUCCUCAAUUACAGAGCCAGUUCUCAACUUCGUGAGUCAGAAUGGCUGGGCUCUACUUUUCAUAUCUUUGGCAAUCUGGUACGUCUGGACUUUUUUGGUCAGUCCCAAGUACUAUUCCUGGUUGAGACGUCGAGAGGAUCGGGAAUGGGAAGCAAGACUUCAUCGCGAUCCCGAUGUGGUGGUCAGAAGGCAGGAAGAAAUGGAAGCCGCCCGACAGCGGCUUCAGGCGCAAUAUGACGAACGUGCUCGCGUUCAUGCUGAGCGGAUGAAAGAGAAAGAAGAAAAAAAUCGUGCUACGGCUGUUUCGGAGUGGGAGAAGCAUCAGGGAGGUCAAGGCUAUCGUUCGAAAGUGAAAGCGUCGGAAGAGCAAGAGGCAGCUGCCUUACGAGCAGCGAACGAGUUGAACAACGUUUCUGGAGUGGGAUCUAGUUCAUCUGGCCCAAGUUCUCGACCUGCUAGGCGGAUGAGGCCAGAAUUUAACCCGCUGAUGGGCCAGGGGACUAGUCGAUUCACCCCGACGCCGAGGGGGAAUGUCGGCGGUGGAUGAGGUUAAACAAACCCCUGCAUCUUCGGGAUCAUGGGUGACAGGCGAAAUUUGAAGAGGUUGCCAUGGAAAUUCACUUCGACUUACUGAUGAUCAAAGUGUUCCUUGCCUGGGCAGAUGUGGUUAAUCCGUGUAAUGAUUCUUUUUAUUGCUAAAUUUUCAUGGAAAAUAAUUUGUUCAGUCUGGUGUAGGUUGCCGUUAUGCGUGUACAAUUCUUCUGGAGAGAUACAGUACUCACUUGUAGUACAUCGAGGAGAAAAAUUAACCUGUAGGACUACGUCUUUUUCACGAAUCUUUGUAACUUGGCUACUUUGUUUACUUCCUAUCUGUUCAUCUGGCACCUUUUCGUUGUUUUUGCCUGUCCAUGGGUUCCUGAUGUGGGGGUUUUUCAACCGAUAAGCUGGAAGAAGAUUAUCGAGUCGCUGCUUUUUUAUGACGUCCUUACGCUGAAGUACGGGAAACUGUGAGGCGAAGUGACCGAUGUGCUGCGCUUGAGUUCUUCAUGAUUCUGUCAUUGAGUGCUGUUUUUUGUUAUUGUUUAACAACUGGGAUGAUUGCAUCGUGGAAAUUACCAUUAUUUUCUGUACGGUACA